GUUUAGUUUAUCCAAUAUCCAAUAUUUUUGGACCCCUCGACUUCAUAUUACAUACAUCAGUUCGCAUUGAGGUAAUACUCAAUGCACCAAACACCAACAGUGCACCCAACAAAAGAUGGCACUCUGCAUUCAUGACCAUAUAUUGUUCCCGAGCACUUAUGUCACACUUCACUCUCAACAGAAAAACCAAACACAAAUCAAAAGCCUCACCUUCACCAUCUUUCACCGUGGUUGAUUUGAAUCCACAGCAACAUGCCUUUGGUAUUAACCAAACAAGCCUCAGCGACAUAAUCAAAGGAAAAAAGCUCAAGAACCUUAAAAACAUUGGUGGGGUUGAAGGGGUGGCUACAGCCCUUGAAACCAACGUUGAGUAUGGUAUCAAAGGUGAUGAUGAUGCUGAAGACAUCUCACGUAGGAAACAAGUGUUUGGUUCCAACACUUACAACAAACCACCCGCCAAAGGUUUCUUUCACUUUGUGGUUGAGGCCUUUAAGGAUGUCACAAUUCUCAUCCUCUUGGCUUGUGCAGCUCUUUCCCUUGGCUUUGGCAUCAAGGAGCAUGGCCUCAAAGAAGGUUGGUAUGAUGGUGGAAGCAUUUUUCUUGCUGUGUUUAUUGUCAUUUCCUUGUCUUCAAUAAGCAACUUUAGACAGAAUAGACAAUUUGACAAGUUGUCUCAAGUGAGCAAUGAUAUACAAAUUGACGUGGUGAGAAGUGGGAGGAGGAAAAUAAUCUCAAUCUUUGAGAUUGUAGUUGGUGAUGUCAUUUGCUUGAAGAUUGGAGAUCAAGUACCGGCAGAUGGGUUAUUCAUAGAAGGACAUUCACUAAGCGUGGAUGAAUCAAGCAUGACUGGGGAGAGUGAUCAUGUUGAGGUUAAUAGACACCACCACCCAUUCUUGUUCUCUGGCACAAAGGUUGCAGAAGGGUAUGCUAAAAUGCUUGUUACUUCAGUUGGUAUGAACACAACAUGGGGCCAAAUGAUGAGCUCAAUUAGCCGUGAUAUUGAUGAGCAGACCCCUUUGCAAGAAAGGCUUAACAAACUUACAUCAGCCAUUGGGAAGGUAGGUUUGCUUGUGGCUUUCCUUGUGCUUGUUGUUUUGUUGGUUCGUUACUUCACAGGUAACACAGAGGAUGAUAAAGGGGUUAGAGAGUUCAAUGGAAGCAAGACCAAGUUUGAUGACAUAAUGAAUGCUGUUGUGGGAAUUGUUGCUGAUGCUGUUACCAUUGUCGUUGUUGCAAUCCCUGAGGGUCUGCCACUAGCUGUUACUCUAACACUCGCUUAUUCAAUGAAGAAAAUGAUGGCUGACCAAGCAAUGGUGAGAAAGCUCUCUGCAUGUGAGACCAUGGGGUCUGCCACCACAAUUUGUACUGAUAAAACAGGCACUCUCACACUCAACCAAAUGAAGGUGACCAAGUUUUGGCUUGGCCUAGAACCUGUGGCAGAAAGUGCGUACUCAAAAGUUGCACCAUUUGUUCUUCAGCUGAUCCAAGAAGGAGUGGCUCUUAACACAACAGGUAGUGUGCACAAGUCUAACAAAUCAGGUUCUGAAUUUGAGUUUUCAGGUAGUCCCACAGAAAAAGCAAUCCUAUCAUGGGCUGUCUUGGAAUUGAACAUGGAAAUGGAGCACAUGACAAGAAGCUGUUCUAUCAUUCAUGUUGAGACCUUCAACUCAAAGAAGAAAAGAAGUGGAGUUUUGUUGAGAAGAAAAGCAGACAACACAGUGAAUGCACACUGGAAAGGAGCAGCAGAAAUGGUACUAAAGAAGUGUUCAAAAUACUAUGAUGCUGCUGGCAUUGUGAAAGAUCUUGACAAUGAUAGCAUGUUGAAGUUUGAAAGCAUUAUUCAAGGUAUGGCAGCUAGUAGUCUUCGUUGUAUCGCUUUUGCACAUGUAGAGGUUGAAGAAAAAGAACUAGGAGACGAAGAAGGCAACACAAUGGUGAAAGACAAUGGUUUAACCUUGUUAGGCCUUGUUGGUAUUAAGGAUCCAUGUCGUUCAGAGGUGAAGACAGCUGUGGAAGCUUGCCAACAGGCUGGUGUAAAUGUGAAAAUGAUCACAGGUGACAAUGUUUUCACUGCAAAGGCUAUAGCAACCGAAUGCGGCAUUCUUCGGCCUAAUCAAGACACAGUUGGAGCAGUGGUUGAAGGAGAGGAGUUUCGAAAUUACACACCUGAAGAGAGAUUGGAGAAAGUGGAUAAAAUCUGUGUUAUGGCAAGAUCCUCUCCUUUUGACAAACUUCUAAUGGUUCAAUGCCUAAAACAAAAGGGUCAUGUAGUUGCUGUCACUGGUGAUGGCACAAAUGAUGCACCAGCACUCAAGGAAGCUGAUAUUGGUCUCUCUAUGGGAAUUCAAGGCACUGAAGUGGCCAAAGAGAGUUCAGAUAUUGUCAUAUUGGAUGACAAUUUUGCCUCAGUUGUCACAGUGUUAAGGUGGGGAAGAUGUGUUUAUAAUAACAUCCAAAAGUUCAUUCAGUUUCAAUUGACAGUGAAUGUUGCAGCACUUGCUAUCAACUUUGUAGCAGCAGUUUCAGCAGGUGAAGUGCCACUCACAGCAGUGCAAUUAUUAUGGGUGAACUUGAUCAUGGACACAUUAGGUGCAUUAGCUCUUGCGACAGAAAAGCCUACCAAGGAGUUGAUGGACAAACCACCAGUAGGUAGAACAAAACCUCUUAUCACCAAUGUUAUGUGGAGGAAUCUAUUAGCUCAAGCUUUGUACCAGAUAACAGUUUUGCUGACCCUUCAAUUCAAAGGUGAGUCUAUCUUUGGUGUGACAUCAGGAGUAAAUGACACAUUGAUUUUCAAUACAUUUGUUCUUUGCCAAGUGUUCAAUGAGUUCAAUGCAAGGAAGAUGGAGAAGAAGAAUGUUUUCAAAGGCAUACAUAGGAGCAAGUUGUUUUUGGGAAUUAUUGGUAUAACAAUAGUCCUUCAGGUGGUGAUGGUUGAGUUUCUUAAGAAGUUUGCUGAUACAGAGAGGCUAAAUUGGGGGCAAUGGGCUAUUUGCAUUGGUCUUGCUGCAGUUUCCGGGCCAAUUGGUUGGGUUGUGAAGCUGAUACCUGUCCCAGAUAGACCAUUACUCAAUUUUUUGAGUAUGAAGAGAUGAAGACAUAGCCAUGCAGGGUGGUGUCUUGUGUGAUCUGUGUUCUCUCAAAUCAUUAUUUAGAGAGGCAACAUUUGUUGGAUAUUGGUUGACUUUGAAAGAUAUAAAUAAUCAUGUAAACAUAGGAUCGUUUUAUUUGUACUAUGCAUAUUUGUUGAGUUACAAAUUCUUUGAUUCUUUCAUCAUACAUAUUGUAAAUUUAUAACAUAUAUUCCAAUAUUACAGAUUGAGAACAGUUUAUAAUAUAAAAAAAUACCUCUAUGCACAUAAUUUCAGGGGUAGGAACUAGGAACGGAAAAUUGCUGGGGGUUGGAUCACUUCAAUGCCGUUGUUGUCAAAUUCUUGGAGCACCAUUUUUCCAUUUGGCUUAAAAAUCAUUUGCGGCACAGGCCAGCGUCAUAUGUUAGCUAAUAAAAGUCUCAAAUUAAAGAGCAUAUAAUUAAGAGUUAUGAGUAUUAAUUGUCAAGACUUUUUAAGAUAAACAGGUCACUCAAGUUUAAAGUUUAUUCUCUCCUUGUACAAUCAAAUUGGACCCAUAAUCAAUUCUAAUAUAAGUAUUAGAGAUUGGUAAAAAAAAAAAAAAACUUGAAAAAAAUAGCAAAAAAUGAAAGGCCUAUUUUUUUUUUUUUAAAAAAAGUCAAUCCAAAUGAAAAAUAAAAAGUAAAAAUAAACCUAGGAUAUCUAAGAAAACUCAAAAGGAGGAGGAUAAGUUGAAGCAAUAAAAAAAAUAUAAAAACCAGACCAAUAACGAAGUCUCAAACUUGAAAUACAAGAACAUACUAAAAAAAUUUUAAAAUACAAGUCUGAACUAGAUCAAAGCUGACUUGAGGAGGAGUUUUAGAUAAUAAAGAAAUUAAAGAGUAAAUAAAAAACAGGAUUGGCCAUGUACUCAUCUACACACGAGCACUCCCAAAAGAAAUUUGUACUAUUUACAAAAUAGAAAAACCAUUGCC